AUGUUGUGCUGGCAGCCUCUGCCUCACCAGCUUGUCACCUCGGACCGGGACAGAGAGACCUCGGCCAAGCUGGCCAAGCUCCCCUGGAGGACAUUGGCACGGCUGGCUGCAAAAGGCCUGCUCUGCCCCACACAGCUCCUGCCAGCAGACGUGCUAAUCUUCCUUAACCUGACGUCUCAUACGUGGUUUUGGAAUACAAUUCAGAAUGAUUUCAAGAAUGGGAAUGUUGAUUUAGAGGGCUGCAGGAGGCUGCUUGAAAAAAUGCAAAUAAAAUUUGAUGAAGACCAUUUAAAACAUAUUUUCAAGAAAACUAUUGACAAACAGUCAGGAAAUAUUAUUAGCAUGGAUGACUUCAGAGCAAUUUAUCGAGCUCUUGUACACAGGCCUGAAUUUGAAGAACUAUUCAAGGCUUACUCGACAGAUGGCAAAAUUCUACCUGACAGCCAGCUCCUUAAAUUUCUUAUAAAAGAACAAUUUCAAACUGAAGCUAAUGAAACAACUGCCUUAGAAAUUAUUAUGAAGUAUGAACCCAUUGAUGAAGUGAGGAAGAAAAGGCAGUUGUCAUUUGAAGGAUUUAUAAGAUACAUGAACUCAGACGAAUGUUCAAUAUUUAAAAGCCAGCACAAGACCGUCUAUCAAGAUAUGAACCAGCCAUUAUGUGACUAUUUUAUUUCAUCUUCUCACAACACCUACUUGAUAGCUGACCAGCUAAUGGGACCCAGUCACUUAUGGGGCUAUACCAGUGCUCUGUUAAAAGGAUGCCGUUGCCUGGAGAUUGACUGCUGGGAUGGCACCAACAAUGAACCUAUUGUGUAUCAUGGUCACACUUUAACAAGCAAAAUUCCAUUUCGCUCUGUAAUUCAUGUGAUUGACAAGUAUGCAUUUAUGUCAUCUGCCUAUCCAGUUAUACUGUCUCUGGAGAACCACUGCAGCCCUAAACAGCAGGAAGUAAUGGCAGACUGCUUGAAAAGUAUUCUAGGUGACAAACUUCUCACUACACCAAUUGGUGGUGCAGUAGAUAUGACUGAACUGCCUUCUCCUGAGGCAUUAAAAUUCAAAGUUCUGAUAAAAAAUAAAAAAGUUGGAACAAUUGAGGAAGGUCUGCUCAGGAUGGAUGCUGAAUAUGGUGGUGAGACAGAGGAACUGAAGACUAAACUGAAAAAACUUUCAACCUUAAUCAAGAAGAAAAGAGUGAGAAAGGGAAAGAUUGCCCUUGCAUUGUCAGACCUCGUGGUUUAUACCAAAUCUCAGAAGUUUGUGAGCUUUGAGCAUUCCCUGCAGCAUCAGCAGUGUUAUGAAAAUAAUUCAGUUGGAGAGAGUGCAGCACGAAAACUUUUAAGAUCUUCAGCUAAAGAGUUUAUUUCACAUACUACAAGAUUUAUUACAAGAAUUUACCCCAAGGGAACAAGAAUGAGCUCGUCAAAUUAUAAUCCUCAGGAGUUCUGGAAUGUAGGGUGUCAGAUGGUGGCCUUAAACUUCCAAACACCGGGAACACAAAUGGAAUUGCAAGAUGGAAAAUUCCUGGACAAUGGUGGUUGUGGCUAUGUGCUGAAACCUGUAUUCUUGAGGGAUCGCAAUACCACAUUUACACCCCGAAAUGUGGGAGGAUACAGCAAACCAAUGUCUCUGUCAAUAAGGCUGAUCAGUGGCCAUCAGUUACCACCCAGCAGCAUCUCUAGGACCAACAAAGCUGACCCCACAGUGCAGAUAGAAAUCUAUGGUGUACCAGAGGACCAAACAAGAAAGAACUCUAGUAUUGUAAGAAGCAAUGCUUUGAGCCCUAAAUGGAAUGAAACAUUCUCUUUUAACAUCCAAGUUCCAGAACUGGCAAUGAUACGCUUCUGCGUUCAGGAUGAGAUUUCUCUGUGUAACAACGAAUUCCUUGGCCAGUACACUUUACCUGUGAUGAGCCUGAAUACAGGUUACCGUAACAUUCCAUUGAUAUCCAAAGAAGGCAUCAAGCUGGAACCUGCAUCACUCUUUAUUCAUAUUUCAUAUUAUCGAUGAUAUUCUGCAGAAGAAAUCAUUAAAAUAACAUCUGUGGCUUUGCAACAGCCCCAGUGGCCUGAUUCCCAGAGAGGCACAUUCACAAUGAUUUUGUGAAGCCAGAGGGAAUAUUAUGGAGGGGGUAUCCCAAAUAAGGGCUGCUGUCCUUGGCCCUACUGCUGUUUUUCUGUAGGAGAAGACUGGGUCUGAGAAAACCUAAGGAGCCUUGAGGUGCACAGGUCCAUGGGACGUGAUGAGAAACAUCCACAGGUCCUGAGGAAACUGGCCUGAGCCGCGAUCCCUCACUUGGGAAGUCAGGGCAGGUUGGGGAAGUUCCCACUGAUGGAAAAAGUGGAAACAUAGCCCACAUCUGCUAUCAAAAUCAGCGUUGAGGGAGGUGAUUUUACCCUCCUAGUCUGCUCUCAGGAGGUCCCACUUGGGAAGUUGCAUUUAGCUUUGGGGCCUCCAACACAAGAAAGAGGUUGAUCUUUUGGAGAGAGUCUAGAGGAGGGUCAUGAAAAUGAUCAUAAUUAGCAUCUGUGAACUUAAAGGAACCACUCAUGUUAAUUAUUUAAUAUAUAAAUAUAUAUUUAUAGCUCUAAGUCUAUUCAAUGCAUGUAUUGACUUGAACCCCUUAUGCAGCAUAGGACUGCAAUGUGGGAAGACUGCUGAACAAAUAUCUGUGGCAUCAUGAGCUUAAAUAAAUCCCCCCUGAAAGCUCACACUCAAUAUAAUCUCUUUAUUCAUGAACAUCAGCUUCUCCCUCCUCUCUUCACACAAACGACCAGUUAUAUCUGCCUCUUGGAUGUCAGAAUAAAAGAAACAAUGAUACAUAUUGUUGACAAAUUAAUGUCCUGGAUUAAAUGUGACAUUGUAUCAAAACUUCUAACAUUCUUUAAAAAACCCAAAGUAUUGAUUGGAUAAGAUUUAAUAUGAAAUUUGCUGGACAUCUGCAGGGAAAUGUAUUGUCAGGGAACCAUCCCAUGGUCCUCUGGUGAACUCAUCACAUGCAAUGAUGAUAAAUUACAUCAUUACCAGCAUUGUUUCAACACCAUCAGUGGAAUUAAUGGGCAAAGAAUGCGGCCCCACACACUGAGAAUUUAGUAUUUUUACUGUACUAUUUAAUAUUAACAAAACCAAGCCCUUCAUUGCUGUCAUAAGAACUUCUGCAUAUUGCUACAAGUCCUUAGCACGUGAUUCCUUAAACUCACGCUGUCAGGAAUCUGUGGCAGGAACAUGGUAGCACAUUUAAGACAACAGCAUUAUGAAAUGUUAGGAUAUGUGCUCAGCAGAUGACUGCCUAUUCUCAAGGGCAACUGAGACAAAAUGUACCGUGGGAAAUGGGAUAAAGAAACAUUAGUGAGUGGGCAAAUAAUUGAAUCAUCUCGGAGAGCAUUUAAAUUACACUGUUUCCCAGGGAGUACCACUUUUCUUCAUUGAACUGGACACUGCUCAGCUGAAUGUUAACAGCUCCCACAAAUGUUCCUUUGCUUUUCACAACAAGCUUCAGUACACGGCCUUGGAGCUCUGGGACUCUGUCAUAUACAAUCUGCAAU